AUGGUGAACCUCGCUGACGCGCAGAAGGUGUUCACGCUGGUGAUGUCGCUGAGCAAGCAGAAGCAGUUCGUAGAGUUCUUCCAAAAAGCAGGUCUGCUGGCAACCCUUCUCGAGGCGACAGUCAAGGCCGGCACCAGCGGCGCGACGUUCCUCGUGCCGUCCCCUGACGCGCUGCAGGCGAUGCCGCCCGCAUCGCCUUACAUCAAUAACCCGCUGCUCGCGCGCGCCACGCUCCGAUACCACAUGAUCCUCGGAAACAAAUUCGACUACACGAAGCUUGUCGAAUUUUCGCCCAAUAGAAAGUUCGCGACGCUCGCGAAGAGGCCCGUGUUCAAGUCGGACGAGAGCGCGUUUUUCACGGUCGUGUUUCGGUCGGGCAGCGGGCGGUCGAAAUCAACAAUGAUCGCGCCGAACCUCGCCAACACCACCUCCUUCCAACUGCACCUCGUCGACUCGCUCCUCAUUCCCGAUGACGUCUACCGCGCCCCGCCCGCGAAUGGCGGCGGCAACGACGGCGGUGACGACGGCGAUGACGGCGAUGCGUCCCCGCCCCCGCCUUCCCCCAAAUCCCCGCCCAAGUCCCCGCCUCCGACCCCUCCCGCUUCCCCCAGCCUUCCGCCUCCUGUGGUCAGCUCUCCGCCUCCGCCUACGCCGGUUACCACCUCCCCGCCGCCCCCCGUUGUUACCACCUCUCCCCCGCCCCUCGUUGUUACCACCUCUCCCCCGCCCCCCGCUGUUACCACCUCUCCCCCGCCCCCCGCUGCUUCCGCUUCCCCCCCGCCCCCCACGGGCGGGGUGGCGUCACCGCCUCCUCCCGUGUAA